AUGAGUAUCUCGGUGAACGGGCAGUCGUGCGUCCCGCCGGGGUUCCGUUUCCACCCCACGGAGGAGGAGCUCCUCAACUACUACCUCCGCAAGAAGGUCGCCUCCGAGCAGAUCGACCUCGACGUCAUCCGCGACGUCGAUCUCAACAAGCUCGAGCCAUGGGACAUCCAAGAGAAAUGCAAGAUCGGCUCGGGCCCUCAGAACGACUGGUACUUCUUCAGCCACAAGGACAAGAAGUACCCGACGGGAACGCGGACGAACCGGGCGACGGCGGCAGGGUUCUGGAAAGCCACCGGCCGCGACAAGGCCAUCUACAACGCCGUCAAGCGCAUCGGCAUGCGCAAGACGCUCGUCUUCUACAAGGGCCGCGCUCCCCACGGCCAGAAAUCGGACUGGAUCAUGCACGAGUACCGCCUCGAAGAUCCUUCUUCCGCCGCCGGGGCCGGGGCCGAUGCCACCGCCACCGCCAUGGUCGUCACUGCCGCCGCAUCGUCGGACACCGGCGGGGAGGAUGGGUGGGUGGUCUGCAGGGUGUUCAAGAAGAAACACCACCACAAGGAAGCCGGGGGCGGAAGCGGCAAGCGCGGCGGCGGUCGAGAUGAAGGCGGCAAGGCGGCGCGCUCCUCCUCGCCGCUUUACUCCAGCGACGACGCGCUCGACCAGAUCCUGCACUACAUGGGACGAUCGUGCAAGCAGGAGCACGAGCUAUCCUCCCCUCGCCCGAGGCCUGCAGCGUCUAGGUACCUCCGCCCCAUCGAGACGGUGCUCGGUGGCCAAGGAUUCAUGAAGCUACCUCCUCUCGAGAGCCCGUCCACUGCGGCCACCCCGCUGACGUCAACGACGACGCCGCUCGGACUCGGAGUCGACAGCGGCAACCGGGAGCUGUCCGCUUGCGCCGAUGAGCUGCAGUUCCCACAGCGUGACAGCGGGAUCACGGACUGGGCCAUGAUGGACAGGCUCGUGGCGUCCCACCUGAACGGCCAGCAUGACGCGUCCACGGACCAGCUCUGCUUCGACGGCGCCAGCGACGGAAAUGCAGGCGACAAUGACGUCCUCGACAACGCAGCCGUCGACGGGCUGGCCUUCUACUCCGCCGCCGCAACGAGGCUGCUCGGCGGGACUGCUACGGGCGGCGCCGGCAGCAACGACGACGACCUGUGGACCUUCGCACGAUCCGCGGCGUCAUCCGAGCGACUGAGACACGUCUCACGGUAA